UGUCCCCGGCCCUGGGGGAGAAGGGUUCGAUGCUGGACCAAGUGUGUGUUGGGGUGGGGGGCCCCUGUGGCACGGGGCCUGGAGGCUCCUGUCUUGUGGGCAGGAAGUGAGAGGGGCAGAGCAGCUGGGGAGCCCAGGGAGGCCGGGGAGCAGAGCAGGAGGGGUGAGAGUGUCUGGGGUGAGGGGAGCGGAAGUCGGAAGCUCCUGCCACCACAUUCACCACUCACGGGGCAGACACACGGCACGGACGGCCCUCUGCAGGGGGUCCUCUACAGGGUCCUUGGAGGGCAGAGUGGACUCCUGUGCCCCCGGCCAGCGCUCCCCCGAAUCCACACCAUGGGACUGUGAAGGUGGACGCCGCUGGGACUCCCGCCCUUGCACCCUGGAUGAUGGGCGACGACAGGCUCUCUGAACACCCCGGACCCGUGGAAUUUCUCAACAUCUGCUUGGGAGACGACCUGCAGCCCCGCCCAGGAGUGCCGCCCAGUGAGACGUGCAGCUGUACUGAGCUGCCCAAACCUUUCCGGGAGCAGACCGGGGCGUCUGACCCGUCUGGCUCCCCCAGGAGGCGAGAUGGCCCUCCCAGGGGCUCCAGCGCAGAGCCCGGGGGCCUGGGGACCGAGCCUUCCCAGGGAAGCCCAAGGCAGAGCCACAGCACGUCCACCCAGGUGGUCUUCUGGGCAGGCAUCCUGCAGGCCCAGAUGUGCGUCCUGGACCUGGAGGAGGAGCUGGAGAAGACUGAGGGGCUCAGGGCCGAGCUGCGGUCCUGCAUCCCCAAGGCCCCCGUGGACCUCGCCCCUCUCUCCUCCGGCCCGGCGAGCCCCCUGGACGCGGGCCUCCGCCCCAGCCCGCCCGUGGAGGAGGCCUCAGGGGCAGACAGCAGCAGGCCUGCGGGAGAGAACCAGGUCCCCGCGUCCCCCGGGGAGGGGAUGCCUGGCUCUUCCCCGGAGUGGGGUGCCGAGGAGGAGAGCCUGUUCUUUGACAACCCCCUCUUCCUGGAGAGCCCUUGCUCCGACACCAGUGCUCCCGGGGUGCGCUUCACCUGGGGGUACCCGGACUCCUGCGCCGACGUGAGGCCUGAGAGCCCACAGACCCUGGAGCCUCCUCUCCCGACAGGCAGUGUGCUGUGGGGGCUGGGAGAUGAGCCAGACUGUGGGGGCAGCUUGGCCGAUUCUAGCGGGUGCAACACCCCUCCGUUCCCUGUGCCCACCUACAAGCCACACUCCUUCUCCUGGGCCGCGCUGGACUCCAUGGACCAGGCUCCCACGGCGCCUCCUGGCUGGGGGCAGAGUGAGGCUUCUCUGGCAGACAGUCCAGAUCCUGCGGCAUCCUGUGUGGACAAAGCAUUGGCCUGGGAAACGGGUCAUGUCAGCUCUGACCCCAACCCUGCCACUCAUCCUGUGCAUCCUUCGGCCCUGCCGCAUGCCGAGGUGUGGCACACAGAGCAGGUUCCUUCCUGGCCCCAGGUGUCUCCUAUCUCCCAGGACAGAGGUGACAGAGAUGCUGAGUGUCCCCAGGAGUCUGCUCCCUGCACCCCGGCCCCUGGCCCCUGCUGGGGCACAGCCUCUUCGCCGGAGCCAGGCAGCCCCGGGUCUGAGAGCAGAGGCCUCAGCCUCAGGCCCAGCCCCGUGUCCUCCUGGGAAGGCAGCCCGCAGCCCCACAGCUGCCACCCCGGCAGCGUUCUCCCCACAUGGACUCUGGAUGCUGCCCACCCUUCACCCCUGGAGACCAAUGGGGUAACGCCAAGCUCCUCGGAGAGAGAGGAGGCCGGAGAGGGUCCAGUCCCAGGGGCGGAAGUGAAGUGUGAGGGCCCCGCUGGCCCUGCAGAAGCCAGGACUGUCCAGCCCGAUGCGCACCCCACUUCCACAGGCGGGCUUCCCGAGAGCCCCACGCCCCAAGUGAAGCCCCCAGAGGAGGGCCCGAGGCUGCAGGCUGCAGACCAGCUGGCUAACGGUGUCGGGACCCACAAGCUGGCCUGGGACCUGGCCUCCCGCCUCUACCGCCUGGAGGGCUUCCGGAAGUCCGAAGUGGCCGUGCACCUGCGGAAGAACAACGACUUCAGCAGGGCUGUGGCUCAGGAGUAUCUGUCCUUCUUCCAGUUUGGUGGCCAGAGCCUGGACCGUGCCCUCAGGGGCUUCCUCCAGGCCCUGGUGCUCAGCGGGGAGACCCAGGAGCGCGAGCGAGUCCUGUACCAGUUCUCCAGGCGCUUCCAUCACUGCAACCCUGGGCUCUUCUCCUCAGUAGAUUCCGUGCACACCUUGACCUGCGCCAUCAUGCUCCUUAACACGGACCUGCACGGACAGAACAUCGGGAAGACUAUGAGCUGCCAGGAAUUCAUCAGCAACCUGAACGGCCUGCAGGACGGCGGAAACUUCCCCAAGGAGCUGCUCAAGGCCCUGUACUGGUCUAUCCGAAGCGAGAAGCUUGAGUGGGCCGUGGAUGAAGAAGACACAGCCAGACCUGAGAAGGCCCAGCCGUCACCCCUAGCUGGCAAGAUGAACAGCCCCCUCCUCCAGCUGGCCCAGGACCCCACGGUGCCCACCUACAAGCAGGGCAUCCUGGCUCGGAAGAUGCAUCACGACGUGGACGGCAAGAAGACGCCAUGGGGCAAGCGUGGCUGGAAGAUGUUCCACACCUUGCUUCGAGGGAUGGUCCUCUACUUCCUGAAGGGAGAGGACCAUGGCACCGAGGGGGAGAGUUUGGUGGGGCAGAUGGUGGACGAGCCUGUGGGGGUGCAUCACUCCCUGGCCUCCCCGGCCACCCACUACACCAAGAAGCCACACGUCUUCCAGCUGCGGACUGCCGACUGGCGCCUCUACCUCUUCCAGGCACCCACCGCCAAGGAGAUGAGUUCCUGGAUCGCGCGCAUCAACCUGGCCGCCGCCACGCAUUCAGCACCGCCCUUCCCGGCCGCGGUGGGCUCCCAGCGCAGAUUCGUGCGCCCCAUCCUGCCCGUGGGCCCUGCCCAGAGCUCUCUGGAGGAACAGCACCGAUCCCACGAGAACUGUCUGGACGCUGCCUCCGACGACCUGCUGGAUCUGCAGAGGAACUUACCAGAGCGGCGGGGCCGCAGCCGGGAGCUGGAGGAAUACCGCCUGCGGAAGGAGUACCUGGAGCACGAGAAAACCCGCUAUGAGAUGUACGUGGAGCUGCUGGUGACUCGUCUGCACUGCCCGUCGGACGACCUGGACCUGUGGGAGGAGCAGCUGGGGAAGGAAGCUGGAGGCGCCCAGGAGCCCAAGCCCAGCCUGAAAAAGUCCCACUCCAGCCCAUCGCUGCACCAGGACGAGGCCCCCACCACGGCCAAGGUGAAGCGCAACAUCUCGGAGCGCAGGACGUACCGGAAGAUCAUCCCCAAGCGGAACCGCCAUCAGCUGUGAAGCGCCCCUCACAGACCCUGGCCGCCUGCUCUGGGGCAGACCUGGGACCUGGGGUGAAAACCUGUGGGGAGCCCAUUUCAGGGGCACCUCCCUGCUGGAGAACAGCCUGUCUCCCUCUCGAGCUUUCUGAAUACUGCUCGCCCCGCCCCCCAUGGUACGUCCUCAGCUGCCCCAGUCCUGGCCCCUCCCCAGGGAGGAGGGACGCCAAGGAUCCGGCUCCACCGCCACAGUUUGUCCCAUGUCACUCUUCACUCCUCAAAACCCAGAGUAGCCACUUUUCCUGGGCUCAGCACUUGCUCGUGAAUCAGAGCUCGAUGGCCCCUGAGCUUCCGGGAGAGAGCCUGGGGCAGCAGAGGCCUCUGGGAAGUCAUGCCCUGGGGGUGCUCUUGCGCUGGGAAUCAGGUGACCUGCUGGGAGCGGCCCUGGAAGACCCCCACUAGCUUCCUGGGACUGAGGGAGCCGGGUGGCCCAGGCCCUGCUCUGGGAGAGGGGCAGCUAUCAGGGCGCAGGGCCUCGGCAGCAGGGGCGCAGGGCCUCGGCAGCAGGCAGGCAGGCGGCAGGGCUCUGUGAGGCUGACUCUGGGUCCUGCGCCUUUGUCUGUUCUUCCCUGUCGCGGGCCCUGCACCAGAGCCAGUGAGAGCGCCCCGCCUUCCGUGCCCAGUUGCUAAUCAUCAGAGCAGAGCCAAUGGCCCCAAAGCGGUGGGGGCUCCAGAGCUCUAGGGAGCCCUGGACAAAGCGCCUUUGUGUCCCCAGAGUCAGGAAGGAGGUUCAGAUCCCUGGGGAGGCUGAGGGUGAGAGGUGGUGACACAUCCCCUUGGGCUCUCUUGGCAGGAGCUGCAGCUGAAAAGAGUUUGAGGGUCGUGGUGGGGGCCUGGACCCCCUCCCACAUACCCCAUCCCUUAGAGCUCCAUUCCCCAGGACCACCAGGCCCCCUCUGGACCCCUGCCCGCCCUGGGAAUUCCCCCUGAGCUGCUCUCUGGCUGCUUUCUGCUAGGCCUGUUCUCAGGCUGGGUGGGUUCCGGACACUCACGGACCUGCGGCUGUGCCUGUGGGAAUGAGGCUGGGCAGGAGGAGCAGCCGCCAUUGUCUCUGUUCAGCCAAGUGUGCCCACAGGCUGCCCGCCAAGAGGGGCCUCUCUGCUGCUCGCUCGCCACCCGCUGGCCGACACACUGCCUCUCCAGCCUUCCUGCUGGGCCUCCUCCUCCCAUCCAUGCUGUAAGCAGCCCUGUGGCCUGGAACUCACCCAAGUGGGGCUGGCCCGUGGGGGCCAUGAGAGGGUUCUGACCAGGGCCUGGGCUGAGCCAUGCACCCAAUGGGUGUGCAAUAAAUACAGGCCAGUAAAGAGAGGUGCAGUGUGUGUGACGGGAGAGGGUUGGGCAGCUCUAGGCAGCUGGGGCCACCUGGAGUCUGUCAGGCUGUACCCCCUCUGUCCUGCAGGCAUAUGCAUGUCUGCCAGUGUGCGUGUGUAUGUGUCUGCAUGCGUCUGUGUGUGCAUGUGUGUCUGCAUGUCUGUGUGCAUGUGUCUGCG